UUGGGGAGGGCUGCUACCCAAAGAGCCCAUAUAAAACAUUACGUCUGCGACAGGAGGAUCAUCCUAAUGAGUCUGUCGGCUGGAGGAGACGACAUGGCGUGCUGUUCCAGCUGUAAAAGCAGCGAGGACGCAGGACAGGGCAGCAUCCUCUACAGUAUUUUGAAAAGAGGCAGCCAGCGUCCGUCGGGACGCCUGGAGACGCACCAGGCCUGCUCCUGUGCGUCCAAGAGGAAACUGGUGGCUAUCCGGGCUCCGCAGACAGUUUUCAACGCGGCGUCAGACGUCCUUCUGAAAACUUUCAGGUUUGUGAAAAACGUCCCUUGCUUUCGGGGUUUGCCAGCGGACGACCAGCGCCGGCUUGUGCGCAACAGCUGGGCGCCGCUGCUGGUUUUGGGCAUGGUGCAGGACUCUGUGGACUUCGACACCGUGGAGACGCACCAGCCCAGUUUGUUACACAGGAUUUUAACCCACAGCAAAGAACAAGCUCAGCACGCGCCAACCGAGCUUCGCGAGGACCCGGGGGUGCCCGUCACGGAUGUUGAGGGGAUAAAAAUGUUUCUGAUCAAGUGCAGGGGGCUUGGCAUCAGCGUCAAAGAGUACGCGUACCUGAAAGGGACUAUCCUGUUCAACCCAGAUGUAACGGGGCUGGAGUGCCGGGAUUACAUCCAGGCGCUGCACCGAGAGGCGCAGCGCGCGCUGUACGAGCACGUGAAGACGGUUGACGGCGGGGACGCGGCCCGGUUCGGCAGACUGCGCGUGGUGCUCAACAGCCUACGUGCCAUGGACGUGGACGCAGUCGCGGGACUCUUCUUCAGACCCGUGACUGGGCCGUCCAGCGUGGAUGAACUGGUGCUGGCGAUGUUUUAUGAGAUAUGAGACUCAAAAAAAAAAAAAAAAAAAAAAAAAAGACAUUUUUCAGAACUUAAAGAUACCCACACCCAACUGA